GCGACUUGAACCCGAUUUUACAAGUUUUCGGCGGGAGCGAGUUUUAUCUGUUUUUGUAAUUGGCGUGUUGUGUCAAGUGUGAAUUUGUCCAAAACUCGAUCCAACCAGGUCAAAGUGAGUUGAACUUGGUGUUGACGAGUUUUGAGUCGGUAGCGAGUUUUAGCUUUAGUGUUUUUCAUUUUGCUUUUUUGUUUUGUUUGAGAAAGACAAUUGAACCCAAAUCCAUGGGUAUCCAACAUAAUUUGAAAAGAUCCAGAUAAGCUGCUUCAUUCUGCAAAAGUUAUAGUAGGAUCAACUACUAGCCAUACAAAUUGAAACAUUGGCGUCAUGAAAGAAGUUUAAACAUAAAUAAUCUAUUCGACGAUCAUUCUAUCUUAUGCAAGUUCAUCGACCAAAUACUAUUGUAAAUAACAAACCUAUGAAAAGAAUGAUUACGAAUGAAAUAAAAAUUACUUUCAGAUUUAGGCCAACAUUAAAACUAUUACUCAUUAAAAUAUUUAUUUAUUCUGAUACGCGAACCGAUAGCUAGCGGGUUUUUGCUAGUUUGAAUGAAUGUACACUAGGGAUGGCAACAAAAUCCGAACCCAUGGGUACCCUACCCGACCCAACCCGAUCAAUGCGGGUAAAACCCGUGUUGACGGGUUUUGGGCAGGGUUCAGGUUUAAACCCGCUACACCAUCACUGGGUUGGGUUGAGUUUGGAUUUAGGCAAACCAACCCCAUGGGUACCCGCCCACACUCAUAUAAUUAAUUUUUUUCAGUAUAUUUAACAUUCUAAACAAUAUAUCUUCCUUAAACAACUAAUCUUUUUAUGUUUGUGGAGGCAUGCCUAAUUUGUUCUUUCUAAUUGUGUACGAUGAAGUUGAUAUUAUGGAGUGGAGAGUGAAGAAGCUUAGUUGACAAGGAGGACGGAGCUGUCAAUUAAUCAUAUUGUUUAUAAUGUUUAUCUUUAAUUUUGAAUAAUUUGUAUUGAUAAUUUGCGGUUUGCUUGUAUGCUCUAGAUUGGUGUUUUUUUGUAUGAAUAAUUUUUAUGAAAAAAUUGAUGUUAGACUUUUAUUUGGAAGAAACUUGUUAUUGUAAAUUUUUUACCGCAAAAAUCCACGGGUACCCAUGAACCCGCGGAUACCCAGCGGGUUGGGUUUGAGUUUUUCAAACUCAGCGGGUUUUACCCCAAAUUUUUUUGCGAAUAAACCCAUGGAUUUGGGUUUCGCAAAACCCGCCCCAACCCGACCCAUUGCCAUCCUAAUGUACACAUAUCUCCACUUUUUUUUUUUUUUUUCGUCCCCGUAUACUCUAUUGGACAGAAGGCAUUUGGAAACGGCUAGGUUCAAAAGGACAAAAGCAAAGCAACGGCUAUAUCUUGAAUUGCAGCUAUCUAGUCUCGUUUCAAAUUCAAAUUCAUCCAUUCUGGUUCAUUCCUCUCUCCACUCCGCCUAAGUACCGCCGCGCCUCCCCCGCUUUCCUACGCGCCGCUUCCACCGCCAAAACCGAUUCGCUUAGCUUCCUUACUUUCCCCGUAGCGGCUCCUAGCUCUGAUCUUCUCGAUUGAAGUUCCCGAUAGUCGCUGGCUGAGAGUAGUUGGAAGUUCAGACAACGCAACUCACUCAUCUUUCGGCUCCGCGUCUGGCAGAUAGCAGUUAGUAGCAGCGAACUAAUCCCUGAAGAAUGGCUAUGGAGGGUCAGAGUGGGACGAGCUUAGAUCCAGAGACGCUGUUUCUCGCAUCCAAACAAGAGACUGGGAACGAGUGGGAACUCUUCAAAGAAAAUGUCAAACCCUUGAAGAGAGGCCGCAACGUUUCCGUACUCAACCACGCUCUCAAAUCCCAAACCAACAACCAUCUCAAGGCCUCUCUUCUCCAGACCCGAAGGAAAUUGGUUGAGGCAAUCGACGAGUAUAAGGGUACCGACCCUCUUCUUCCUUGGCUCCGGUGCAUUAGAUGGGUCCAGGAAGUUUUCCCCGCUUCUGGUGAUUCCUCAGGCCUCAUACUGAUAUAUGAGCAGUGCGUGCGCGCUUUUUGGGAUUCCGCGCGCUACAAGGAUGAUCUUCGCUACCUCAGGGUGUGGCUUCAAUAUGCUGAAUACUGUGACGAUGCUCAAAUCAUCUACAGCUUUCUUGACGACAAUGGCAUAGGGAAGUCGCAUUCUGAGUUCUACAUGGCAUAUGCUUUGCACCUGGAGUCCAAGAACAAGUUGAAAUCUGCCAACGACAUUUUCACUCUAGGAUUGUCUAGGGAUGCGCAGCCUUUACAUAAAUUGAAGGAUGCCUACAAGAAGUUCCUCAUCAGAUCAACAAAUGGAAGCACGACUAAGGAGGAGGAUAGUAGAGAAAGUGCAUUAGCUGUGAGAAGCUUUGGGACUGUCCUUACUGGCUUGGAAAAUAGAAGGAGACACGGGCCGAGUUCAGAUCUUGCAGCCAGAGGGUUGAAGCCAGACAAGGCUCAAAAGGCUUCUCCAUUUGCUAUCUAUGAAGACUCCAAUGGAGAUGCAGCAGCGCCUGUUCAUGAACAACCAAAGAAAGAUCCGUGGCACAAUCUUGGGCGCCGAGCUGAGAGGAACAAAGAAAAUAAUGCGAUACCGACAAAGUGGUCGUUACACAAGAUUCCGCAGAAACCUGCAACAACAAGUGCCGCCUCAUCCUCCAUUAUCGAGGUGUUUGUGGACGAGGAGUGCAGCACCGAGGCGGUCGGUUCCCACGAAGGGAAUGGGAAGAAGGAGGCGAAUUUCUUGCAGCUGAGGCAGGGGGACAGUCUAGACAUAAAAAAAGAAGCAGAGUUACUGCGGGAGAAUCCGCUGCGCAAUUUUCAUGGCGGCAGCAACAGUCUUCCCAGAUGAUAUGUGGUCAUUCUGAAGCCACAGGAUUAACCUCGGCAAGUUGUUGUUUUGCUUGUUCAAGAUGGAUUGAUUGCCAGAGAGAGACACCAGCACCUGUUCACCAAGCUUGUUUGUGCUCAUGUGAUGCAUCUCUUGUGCCUCCGGGAAGAGACUUGACACAGGGCUCACUAUUAAACUUCCAGAAUUGUUGUACGUUCACUAUUUUUUAGCAAUUGUUGUUAGUCAAGAGAAAACAGGGCUCGCUAUUAAACUUCCAAUAAAAAUUUGCGUUACAUUUUGUUACGAGAGACAAAAUUGGCAAAUUCGCCAACUUUCGUAUGAUAAUUCGAAAUAUACUAUAAUGAAAGAAAGACAAUAAUUAAAUUAUUAGGGUUUCCAUAUUCUUAUUCAUUAAAUUGAAGAACAAGUACAUGUUUAUAAGCAACUAGAAUCAAUGCCCGCUGCUACGCCGCGGAAACUAAAGUUGCAGUAGGAUGAUCGUAUGGUGAGCAGUUUAGGUGACACAAAUUGAGGUUGUAUUAUUAGUCAUGGUGUGGGUUUCAAAGUAUCAGAAGUCUGUUUAGGAUACAUUUUUAUCUUGAGUUCCACAGGUAAUUAGCAUGAUACAUUAUCAAGAAACACGGGUCAUUAUCAUUUUCCAUGUCUUAAGAAAUACACACAGUUGUUGUUCCAUGUAUUAGGAAAUACACAAUAACCGUAAUUAACCGCAAAACAACACUCCAAGCAACUAUGUUUGUACCUUGGACGCAUUUCGCCCACGAAGAGCAACAAUGUUUGUACCUUGGCUCGCAUUUUCGCCCACGAAGAGAGUUGAUCAUGCACUAAUGUUUGCACAGUGUAGUACAAUUAGUAAAAAAGAAUGCUCUCUCAUUCAUAUAAUGCGUUAUUUUGGCAUGCAAUACAGAAUUAUGAAAAGAAGAAAAGAGAUUGACAUCUAACAGCAAAGCAGAAACCAUUUUGUCCAUUUACCGCCGGGAUCAAGCUGGUGAAUCAUGUAAAGAUUGUAAGCCCAAUUCCCGUAGGUAACUAGGGAAUAAUUGUGGCCCAAGUGUAAUUAUCACUUAAUGAUUUAAUAUAUAAGGUAAAUCCUAUAUUGAUUAGGUUAAUGAAAGGUAAAUUCCUAAUAUGCCCUGAUGGUGGGUCUAUAUAAAGAAGCUCUAGGAUUGGUCCUCUCUCAACCCAUUACGUAGAAUUUCUUAGCCAUCACAGAAAUCUCUAAACCUAAAACCUAAAGGGGUCAAGAGGGAGAAACUCAAUUCCGGUGAUUACUACUCCAGCGCCGCCGCCGCUCUCGUCAUGGAUCGAGGUAGGUUUUCUCGAUCUAUUAUCGAUUCGUGAAAUCAUCUAAUUCUAAGAUCAAUGCUAUUAUGAUCUAUGUUUACAUGUGGUAUCAGAGCAUUAGGUUUAUAAGAAUAGAUGUUUUUCGAUUAUGUAUUUUUCCGCUGCAUCUGUACGCAUGCUAAUUAUAUUCAAGGCCAUUAUAUUCACAAUAGCUGCGUAUGCGAGAACCAUUGCCAUGCUAAUUAUAUUCAAGGCCAUUAUGCUUCGGCUGUAGGGUUUCUAAUUGUCUAUUCGCAAUUUUCCUUUAUUUGUACCUUUUGUCCAGUCUAUGGAAUGGAUAUUAUUUGUCUGUUCCUUUCUCACAUAUGAUGCAAGUGGACAAGGGCACCUCCUCGCUACCAGGGGGUGAAGGAUUUGUAUUUUAUUGGUUAAGCUAUUGCUUUAUCAAAUUCCAAUUCUAUUAGCUUUGUCGUUUAUUGACAAGGUCUUGCUUCUGUGGGUGCAAUUAUAUAUGUUUGAUCAAAUUCCAUGAGUUCUUUCAUGUUGCUAUUUAUUGGCUUCGGCUAUAAUAUGUUUGAGUUUCUUGAUAAUGAAUUUGAUCAAUAGGC